CGGUGAACGGCUCGAGGGUCGAGACCGGACCGGACGUCGCCUCAAAAUUGAGCAGUUUGUUCGCCGGACUUCCUAGUCUGGCGAGUCCUCAACGCCUCGCCAGUUCCCUCAGGCAGAAAUUCGCCAAUAACUCUGGUUACCCCCGGCCCGGCCUGAUGCGCGCCGCCCAAAUCGCGACGAUUUCUUCGUCACGAUCACUCCCAAGGUCGCAUCAAGUGAUCGCGAUUAGUUGCUCUCGCUAGACCCUGGAAGCCGUUGCUGAUCUAUUAAAGGCGGAUAUCUAAAGCAACCACCAUGACGACGAUACCGAUACUCAACAUUGAGUUCAGCGAGCUCAAGGAGAUCGUGUGGACCAAGUUGCAGGAACCGAAAGCUCAACGGAAGCUAGUUCUGAUUAUCGUGUCGAUAGCUCUGUUACUCGAUAACAUGCUGUAUAUGGUGAUAGUGCCGAUCAUACCUGAUUAUCUCAAGUACAUCGGUGCGUUUGGGGACGUGGAGGAAGAGGUGAACGCAACGGGGCCGCCUUCGCAUCACGGUCAAGAUUCAGCCACAGGAGUGUUGUUUGCAUCGAAAGCUAUCGUUCAACUAAUGGUGAAUCCAUUUUCUGGCGCUCUCAUAGACAGAAUCGGUUACGAUAUACCCAUGAUGAUAGGACUUUGUAUAAUGUUCCUGUCGACGGCUGUUUUCGCUUGCGGCCGAAGUUACGGUGUCCUAUUCUUCGCCAGAAGUCUGCAGGGAGUGGGUUCGGCGUUUGCGGAUACCAGUGGCUUGGCUAUGAUAGCAGAUCGUUACACGGAAGAGUCAGAACGCUCGAAAGCACUUGGUAUCGCGUUAGCCUUCAUUAGUUUCGGGUGUCUGGUAGCUCCACCCUUUGGCGGUGCUCUUUAUCAGUUCGCGGGCAAAGAGGUGCCCUUUCUGAUACUCGCUUUUAUCAGUCUUGCAGACGGAAUAAUGCUUUUGUUGGUGAUGAAGCCGCUAAAAGAACAAGUAAAAGACAGCCAAAAGGAACAUAAACAAACGAUACCGAUCUGGCGACUGCUCAUAGAUCCUUACAUCGCUGUAUGCGCGGGCGCUCUGAUGAUGUCCAAUGUCGCGUUGGCCUUUCUAGAACCCACUAUUUCGUUAUGGAUGGAGGAUAACAUAACUCGCGACAACUGGAAAAUGGGAAUGAUUUGGUUACCCGCGUUCUUCCCUCACGUGUUCGGCGUCGUGAUAACCGUCAAGAUGGCCAAACAGUAUCCUCAACAUCAAUGGCUGAUGGCUGCCUCUGGCCUCGCGUUGGAAGGCCUAUGUUGCUUCAUAAUACCAUUCUGCAGGUCCUACUGGGUUCUUAUGAUUCCACUCUGCGGAAUUUGUUUCGGUAUAGCUCUCAUCGAUACUGCAUUGUUGCCAACUCUGGGUUACUUGGUGGACGUGAGAUACGUCUCCGUAUAUGGUAGCAUCUACGCUAUAGCCGACAUCUCGUAUAGCGUAGCGUAUGCGGUGGGACCUAUCAUAGCCGGUGGUGUCGUAGAGGCGAUCGGUUUCACAGCUUUGAAUAUCGGCAUAGCUCUCUCCAAUCUAAUGUACGCACCUGUACUCAUGUACCUGAGGCACAUCUACGAUUUCAAACCGUUCCAAGACGAGGCGGACGUUCUCAUGCAAAAUCCACCUGACAAGGAAUACCAGACGUACGUGUUGCAAGAACAGAGGCCACUCUCCGGCGAAGUAGGCAAUCAUCUGAAUCAAACGCGUAUGGAGACGAACGUGGAUCAAGGCUACGAUCAAAAUUACCAAGCUGGACAGACUUACGAUCAAAGUGGAUACGGGCAGAAUAUUAAUGCCUCCGGAUACACUCAAGCUCCUACAAGUUACGAACAGCCACCUAUGUACGAGCAACCGGCUAAUUACGGCCAACAGCCUAUGGGUUACGCCCAACAGAGACCUUACGGACAAGAGCCGCAGGCAGCAGGUCAAGUAGAUGUGAAUCCAUUCAGGAGACCUCCUAACGUCGAUCAGAAGCCUUCCGGCGAUAGCAAUCCAUUCAGACAAGGAAUGUAUUAAUAUGGUUGACGAGGCUGCGUAGUUUAUCGGGUAUUCGUGAUCGUUCACCAUCGAAUCUACAGGCUACUUUCGCGUCACGUCACGAAUAUCGCGAAAUAGUCUUCGAGAUAGGCUUCCAAUUGUCAAGAAUGUUAGCUGUCGCACGCGUAUCGACGAUCUUCUGCGAAUUAUGGCGAUCGCAACGUUCGUUCUCUUUCGGUGAUUUCACCAAGUGCAUCGACGUCUCGUCAUCUUGUGGUUACAAAUUAUCGAAGGGGGCCGUGUCGACUUCCAGAACGAUGAUUACUUCGAGAUGUUUCGGAGCUAUAUCUCUAGAAAGUACACCGCGGAGUUCUAUGCUCGCGUAAUAUUCGACGAUGGUCUUGGGAUCAUUCGCAGUGGUAGUGUCGGGAAAUUUAAAUCGGUCUUACGGAUCAGUAUUUUUUAUUCGAGAGGCGAUCGUUUCUUCGAUGAAACUAGACGCGAAGGGAACGAUGAUGAAAUUACGAAAAACGUAGUGUUUAUAAAUCGUGAAAGGGCGUGAUUGGUACUUGACAUAUCAGUUGCCAUUAACUCGAUGACUGUUUCCGAAGUUUUAUUAUUUUACAAUUCGUUUUACCAUCUUUUCUCUGCCUUUUGCUUUGUUUUUUUUUUUUUUGAAACUUUAUUCUAUGUAAAGUUUCAGUACUUCGAUAUCAGAUUAAAUGUCCGCAUAAAUUCAUUUGACUGCUUAUUAAAUGAAUAUUAGGAAAUUAAUAAAAACAUUUGUAACAAGAAUUAAUUUGAAACUUAACGUAGUGUAAUUUUCUAUACGCGUAAUAAUUGAUAAUAUCAGUAUGAAAUUUAAAUAAUUUUAAAUUUACUUAUAAUUAGCACGACAUAUGAAACUUGCCGCGUAUUUUAAACAUAAUUUAAUAGAUAUUUUUGAAAUUAUGAGUUAUAUUAAUAAUACAUCGUAAAUAACAGUCAUCGUGUUGACAGCGAAAAAUAUAAAUCGAAUACAACAAAAUCAGGUUUCCUAAACAUAUCCAAUUCUAUAUGACAAGUAAGAGCAGCUAGAAUGUAGUGAAACAAAGUCGUCACUUUCAAUUGCAACGCGCAAAAAUCGGAACGUUUAAAAUGACAAAUUCCUACCGACAAAGUGGUCAGCGAAAAAGUAAGAGAGAACAGAGGAGAAAGGGAUAAUCUAUGAAGAUGAAGAAUCACAUUCGUCCACAUCUCGUGGGCCAAGUUGAAAACAAGAACAUAAUCGCAACGGAGGCUUCCCCUCAACAAGGACCUUUGCUCGCGAAUUGCCACGAACAUCGGCAAAUCCUCAGUUUUUAUUCGUUUUGUUUGCAUUUCAUUGUUGAACCGAAGUAUCAUAUCACUAAUUAAGGCAUCAAACUAGUAACUAUCGAAGCUUUCAUGUAGGUAAUUGUAUAGAUAAUGUAUACGGUAAGGAAGAAGUAAGUUUUCUUUAGUCGUGAUAUAUAAUGAUAUUGGCAAAGUACGUUGCGACUGUUACAACGCGUAAUAACAUAUCAUUCUUCUUUGAUUUUAUUUAUUAUCGUUAACAAUUAAGUAUUUCAUUAGUGAUGUUUUAAUUUUCAUUAAUUAAAAUACACGAAUUAAAACGUCGAACAUAGCACAAACGAAUGCUAAGGAAUAUUGAGUUGGACGAUAUUAGUUGGAUCGCGUCGAAGUAUCGGAAUGUUGAAUUCGCUGAUUAAUCAUUAAUGGUAAAGAUCCGAAAUUUUAUACAAUUUGAUAUUUAUAAUUUACGAUUUAACGAACAUCAAGAAGACUCUAAUUAAUUAGCUGAGUUAGCAGUUUUUUAGUACUUUGUCAACAGUAUUGAUAGGGCAAUUAUAUCUCAAGAGUGAAGUAAUAUUGGAUGCUACAUAUCUGUAUUUUCAUGAGCUUAGUUUUGUAUGUAGAAACACUUCCGUUCGAAUCUCGUUCGUUUGAUUCGUCAUGGAAAAUCGUGCAAUAUUUAGAUAAUACGUAGUCUUACAUUCCCAUGCAUAUUAUGUGUGUAUAUAUAUAUAUACACAUAUAUACACAUAUAGACACACACACACGUAUUUAACUGCUAUCGUGUGCCAGCGGCUCGCACGUAAAGCUUUACGAGUCCUUCGAAAUUCUUUUACCGAGACAAUUAAGUUCUUUUUUAUUCGCAUCCGCCAUUGGGCCAAACGAAGGUUAUUGGGCUGUUCGAAAAGUUCGUAGUGUUUUUAUUAGCUAACACGUAUCAGAUGAUGAAGUACUGGUCCUUGGUUGAACAUGAAACUUUACCUUUUUUACGAAGUUUUCUAUUUUAUGAAUCAGAUACAUAAUUAAGAUUAGUAUCUUAAGAAACAAAUGACCUAUUUUCAUGAAUAUAUAUAUUUAAUACAAAGAGAAUGUUAAAAGAUAAUAUUUGAAAUUAUCGUUCUUUUUCCACAUUUCGAAUUAUGGAAUCGAUCAUUUUGGCUUCCGACAGGUUCAUAUACGAAGAGCAAGUGAGAAAUUUUGAAUCUUAGUUAAAAUGUUCAUUUCUAUCAUUCUCAUUCGUCGAAUAUGGUAUGAUUCCAUUUUUACAAAACUUGUUAUAAAGUUUAUUCAAAACAUAUAGACAGGACUUUUAAUAUUCUAGAAGUCUGUAAAAGUCACUUGGGAGAAUUCAUUACCGAAAAUGUUUUUAUCGGUAUUCCUUAAAAGGCACAUAUAUUAUUCGGUGCAUAUAUUAUUCUAAAUACUAAUACUAAUACUAAUAUCGGUAAAAUACCAGUUGUGUAAAAAUACAUAUCCUUCAAAUGUUUCUUAACCUUCGCUACAAAUCUUUCGAACAACCUAAUACGUUUUCAGAUAUCUAUCUUUUAAUAGGUAAAAUCCAUUUGCUUCCGUUUUCACACGUCGAUCAAUCUCAGCCAGAAAAUCUGGCAUUUCCCAUUUAUUUGUCAAAAAAGAAAAGGAAAAGAAACAAACGAUCGCGGUUGCUAUCUUAAGUUAGAUAGGUUAGAUUGGAAGCAGUGGCGAGGAGGCGCGUGUUUCAGAGACUCGUUAAAUUUUACGCUCGUGUCCAUCGCAUGUUCGUACCUACUCGUCAAUACUCAGAGACGUCGCGAGAAAACGAACGUAUAUAGAAACGACGUGUCGUCGACGACAAUGCGCGCGAUUCGAAAAUGAUUCGACGAUUUCCGGUCGAAAUCAAGGUCACGACGACCGACAGCCCGAGGAUUCGAAGCGCGUUCACGACAAGAAUGCUGCGCGAUAUUUAGCGGUUUGUCAUUGUAUACUGUAAUACUGUCGAUACGAGAUUUCGUAAAAGUGCAUGAAACAAUUUGAUCGUGACCACAUUAUGAUUUUAGUAUGUAACGUCGAUGUCGUUCAACCGGUGCACUUCGUUUUUUCUGUCUUUCACUUCGACCUCGCAGCAUUAUCACUUCGUCGCUAAUAGACACGACGUACUACGAGGGCAAAGGGAAGUACAGAAGAACGAAGUACACCAAUCGAACGAUAUUGGCGCUACGUACUGAAGUCACAAUAUGGCCGCGAUCUAGCUUCUCACGCGGUUUCACGGGAUCUCGUGUAAAUGGUGUGCAUGUCAGUGACGAUACUUUGUCGAGAAACCGUGGUCGAGUCGUCAACCCGCUUCUCGUUCGUCGCGUCCUUUCAAUUAAUCGUCGUGAGUGCUUUGAGUUUACAGUGCCUGAACUUUCAAGUUUUUACCUUCUCUCCCGUUGUUGUGAAAUUCGUAACGCAGAAUCGUACCUAAAUCUCCCGACUUCGAUGAUUACGUAUACUCGAGUCAAAGCAGCAUAGAAUCUUUAGAUACGUGCGUAUAUUUACAUUUACGCCAUAGGCGGUCGCAGUUUUCGUACUUUUUGUUUCGUAGUUGAGACGAAAGUUCUAAUAAAAUGAUUAUACAUAUAUACACAUACAUAUAUAAAUACAUAGUAUAUAUACAUAUAUUCGGACACAUUCCUAGCAAACCUACGUUUUACGAAAUAUAACGUGUUAUGUAUCAACCUAGGCAUUCCCACGAGUAAAAUAAGAAAAUAUAAAAAUUGUUAUAUAGAAAUACGGGUGAGUGAAAUGAUACUAAUAAACCCGUACAAAGAUAUAUUGGUUUUUCAGAUGUAUUGAUUAAGGAACUAAUAACUUCCUCGAGUAAUAAAUAUUUUAUUUAUAACAUGAUUUAUAACAAUCGAUUACGAUCGAUUAUAAUUGAUUACACUAUGAAUAUUCCUACGAUGAAAUAUUUCAGUACUGAUAUUAGUAUUCAUAACGUAAUAUUUUCAUAAUCUGCGCGUUAAAAGGGAUCGACCGAUAUAUAACCUGUCAUAUUUCGUGACACGUAGCUUUGUUAGGAACAUGCCUAUACUCGCAUUGAUAAUUUCGUUUCUAUGAGCUGGCCUCUAUUAUUAACGAUCUUAGCGUAACGGUCGAUGAAACAACAACGUGUCGCUUGCCGAUGGUUAUCGAUGAGUGAUGAAUGAUCGAUUCUCGAGAGAAAUCGUUGUGCCGUGAUUUACGUGGAUAGCAUUCUCACUUAAGUUCGUUUGGGAAAAGAUCAAAGUCUUUGUUUGGUCCUUUAGAAUCGGUUGACUAUUGUAGACUUUGCUACGAUGAUAUGUACAUAUGUUGCAGUUGUUGCAACUUUGUGAAGGUCGCAACAAGAGAGUUUGUUGUGGUGAAGUGUCGGAAUAUUGUCCCUUGAGUUAGAUAUAAAGAAUAAUGGUAGUGCAUUAUUAUACUUGGUAAUGUUUAGGAAUAUAAAGACGACAUCUAUUCCACUUUUAUCAGAUAUAUUGCGCAAGGACUUAUAACAGAGAGGAUCGUUGUCCAUGUUUGUCUUUCUCAAGAAUUUCUGUUCGAUAUAUUUCAAUAUUCCCUUCAACAAAAUAUUCAUUUCAUUACAUAGUUCUUAUACGUGUACCUGCAAUUAUAUCGCAGAAGAAAUACUUCUAGUUAAAUCAUGAAGUCGUGGAGGUCGUGACAGAGGAUUUUAAAGAAGCAGUUAUUUUUCAUUCGACGAUAAGUCAAGAUAUAGAUCAUAAUAUGUAUAUUAUCAUAUUUCAUAAUAUCGAUUCUACCGUGUUGUGAGUUCAACUUCUAAUUAUUAGAAUGGAUUAGUAUCUAAAAGGUGGUAAAAUUUGACAAUGUUUUCCUUAUUGUUUUGAUAAGUUUCACAAUUUAUUACACAGUUUAAUUCUUUAUUAUGGUUUUGUUAAGUUUUGAUAUUGUAACAUAUACAUUACUUUACAUUUGUAUAUUUCAUAUUCCAUAUUAGCAUAUUCUGUGUUUAAUCUGUUGCGUAUUGCGGCUAUACAACGAAUUUUUCCCCUAUUUUCGUUAAAUUUGUACAGUAGUCUAUUGAGAAUUCACGGGACAAAAUUCUGCUACUUCGCUGCGCUCAUUUUCUGCGUGCAUUAUAAUUUAAAUUAUUAUACCGAAGUUAUAUAAUAUUAUAUCGUAUUGUGUACGUAUUAUGUAUAUAUCUAUAACAUAUAAUAUUAUAUAGGAGAUAUCUAAAAUAUAUUGUACAAGUAAAACAUAUUCUAUACAUAUAAUCCUAUAUACAUAGAAGAUGGUCGGAGAUAUCCCUUUUUUUCGUAAAACGGAUUCGCGUUGUCGAAAGCAAACGAUAACUGUCGUGCAUGGCGUCGCGCGUACCUACAUCGCAAAAUUCUAUCACAGUUAUAUAUACGUAUACGUAAAUAAUAUAACAUUUACGUAUAGGCGCGUAACACACGUACUCGUAGCUUCUUUCCUUUCUUGUAAAUACGUUACACGUGCGCGAAUAUAUUAAAAAGAGAAAAGAAAAAAAGAUGAUAUUAUAGCAAUUUCCCUCCCUUUUUCCAUGCGAGGGAGUAUAUACUGCGUAUAUGUAUAUCUCGCCUAUAUGUAUUAUAUCGUUUGUGUGUGUUGAUGGCGCGAGGGCGAGUGAUCUAAAUGUAAAGAAGAACAGGAAGGAAGAAAUAUCAAACAGGAAUGAAAAGAAAAUGUCGGGAGCGGCUGUGUCCGUCAGGUGAACGGGCAAAGGUCAUUGCGUAGAGCAGUGCGGCAGGCAUUUAGGUUGCUCGCGAUAUUUUUCUCAAUUUCGCGUGUUCAUUACCUACCUACCUUUAUCGCGCGGUAUAGCAUAAAACGGACAAAAAAAACUCGAACACUAGUAGAACUACGUAUACGUCUUAACGUUAAAUUAAGAAGGCCAUCGCGUUGCAAACGUUGGAUUGAUGCAAAAUUAAUGGGAGUUUCUAUUUUUUAAUACUUUUAUUUUUUUUCUUUUUUUUUUUUAGGGAAAUUUUAAGAAAAGGUAAUGUUUUAUAAUCGUCUUUUAAUUUUGAAAAGAUGUUGGUAUAUCUGAAAUUUAAUACACUUUGUAUUAGUUUGGAAAGAUUUGGUGUAUCGAGCUGACAAGGAUUUCUGUUUUUUAAUUUGAAUACAUUCGCACACCUAUACCUUGGAACAUUAUAACGAAUUUGCUGAUUAGUAUCAAAUUGAUGUAUAUUUGCUCAAAGUUGAAGUUUUUUCAAAUUUCACUCUCAACCACGUGAUGUAGCUUAACGUAAUUAUAGAAGGUACAAUAUUAUCCAAAAUAUCUUGUACAUGCGAAAACUUCUAUUAUCCUUGCGUCAAUCUGUUCUAAUCUGUCCUUGCAUAAUACACUUUGAGACUGUUUAAACGAACACAAAGAAAGAAAAGAAAAAUAGUGUCAGGGUUCCGAUUCACCAGCACUUCUGGUGUGUAUAUACAUACACCGAAGCUAAACGCACGUGCACACACUAACGAGUAUAUAUACACGAAUAUAUUUGGCGGUACACGGUACAUGAAUCUAAUAACAUCGUACACAGAAGAAAAACAAAGAUACACGGUUGGAUUGAUGACGUACACAGCGAAACACACAUGUAUGUAUGUAUGUAUAUUUAAAGGAAUCAAGUGUCGAACUGCGUAUGUACUUGAAACCUAUGAUAUUGUAAUGUUGUUGAACCGGUUAUUAAAGAUGUCAUUGUUACCAAAGAA